ACAGUACAACCGCAAGAGCCACGUGCUGCUCUACGAGCUUCGCAGUUCGCCGACGAAAGCCGGUGUACUCUUUCCGCUCGCAAUUUCGUCGGCUUCCAUCUCCUUGGUUAUUCUUUUUCCUUGUUUACCUUUUCGUCAAUUUCAGACGAUUGCGAGAAGGCAGGUGGAAAGAGUGGCUUGAUAAUCGAGUUUCUACGGUGAAAAGGCGGUUAGAUAUUGUUUUUCUCUGCGGACAUCACGAUUGGCAAAAUGGAGCUACUGUGGAUUUUUGAGUGCUGCUUUGCGUGCUUGAGUAACGGAUUCAACCGUGGACAAGAAUCAUGUCGUUUGGUCACGUGCAACUGGUGAAGUGGAGCUUUCCCACGGUCGCCUUAAUCAUUGGGCUUUUAUGGUACAAACGUCGACGCGCGGACCGAGUUGAUCCAGGUGGACAACCAAAAUUAAAAGCUGACGUCAACGGUAGCACAACCAAACUCAACGGCAAUCUUUGUGAUUCCGGUAUACAUACUGACGAUUCUUCCUCGCUCAACACAACAGCUACUACCCCUGUUAAGGAAAUCAUCAGUCUCCGAAAAGUGAGCGAAAGCUUGGACAUCCCAAAUCGUAGGUCAAGCUCACAGCUCCUUUCUUGUAAUUCUGUUGAACUGGAUAAUACCCCUUGGUACAACGACGUCGAGAAUACACCCGGCAUCAAAGAGGUUCAGUUGGGUAGCAAUCCCGCGAACAGCGGCUUCGACUACAUGCCCAAGAGCAGAUCCGCCGAGCAAAUCAAGAGCAAUAGCAAAAACUCAAGUAUCAUGGAAAAUGUAAUCGAGGAGGAGGUAGUAGCUAAGGUCGUGGUAGCGAACAUUGAAGUUCAUCAGGCGGACUUCAAGAAUUGCGAUGACAAACCAAUGAUCGAGUCGCCGAGUGGCGAUGACAAGAAGAAGCUCGCCCUUUCGGAGAGAGACUCGGCUAAUCACAGCCCUGUCUCCGGUGUUCUCGACGGUAGCGUUAAUGAUGAAGCUCGAAGUGAGGGUAGCACGGAUAGUGGAAAAGGUGGUAGCAUUAAUGGACACAGCAAGGAUAACAGCAGAACAAUGCAUGAAUUCUCCAUAUCAACAAAGUUAGUUGGCAAAUUGAUAGGCAAAGGUGGCAAAUUCUUGACGCAAAUACGCAAGAAGGCAGAAGUAAGCAUUGUAGUAAAGCAUCACCCAUUAGAUCCAGAGUUGAACAUAUGCAGAAUCGACGGUGCUCCUGACAAUAUAGUGUUGGCACUCGAACUUAUUCGACGAAACUUCCCGGAGAAGGCAUACCCAAAUCUCACACUCGAGCAGAUUAAUUAUGAAGAACUUAUACCUGAAGAAAUAACGUGGAUACCUGAUCUCGUACAGCUUCGACUGAUCGAGGGUGUCAACAACGAUGUCGUCAUUACUCUCAUCGAUAAGCCGAAUCACUUCUUCGUACACAUGCCUACACACCCUACUUACCCAUCGCUUCGUAUCCUCGAUGAAAGACUUACGCAGCUGUACGACAACGUAGAGUCUCCACCAGUACCCGAUGAACUUACGAAAGGAAUGAUAGUUGUAGCGAAAUGGCUUGACAGAUGGGUCAGGAUAUCCAUUGAGAGCCCAGAUCCAAAUGGCGAACAGACGUUGGCCCGUAUGGUCGACCAUGGUGGUUUCUGGACGUUCAACAAUGCAAAUAUGAGGAAAAUUCGAUCAGACUUCCUUACAUUACCUUUUCAAGCCAUUGAAGUAUUUUUAGCUAAUAUUCGUCCGAAAGACGACGAGUGGAGUCAAGAAGCAUAUGAUGUAGUAAUGCGAAUUUGCAGUAGCGUCGUAGGUCAAGCACAAAUUGUAGGCUAUGUUGACUGUAACACCUUCAUAAACCUAUACUAUAAUAUUCACAAACAUGGCGUCAUAUCUUUAGCGGAUGAACUGAUAGCAAGAGGAUUGGCAGAGCCUGUAUCUUUUGAAGAAAUAGUCCCGCAGGAAGAGUUACUACUCACCGCGUGAAUCUAAGUCUAAACUUUGAUAGUUACUGUUUCCGUUUGAUAAGCGAUAAAAAAAAUCGAAGGGAGACCUAGGUACGUGACACGAGUAUGAAAGAUUUGCGAAUGAGUAUUGACGCUGAGUGCUAAAAAGAAAUAAUUUUUGUGAUUUAUGAGUACAGGAUUUCUGUAUAAUUAAUUAUGCUUGUGGCUCUUUCAAUGAACUGAAUCAAUUGUUUCGCCGUUUUUUCAGUCAUUGGCGUUUGCUCAAUUUUGUCGCUCUAUUUUUCUUCUGUUUAUUUUAUUACGUUUUUUAUUAAUAAUUCUGGAGAUAGACCAUGUUAUGUCAUUCAAUAAUGAUUGAUUCAUUUGAGAUUGAAAGUAGGUAGCCUUAGAGCAAGAUGCUGUCGAAACUGCAACAGUGUUGAAAAUUUUUAUCUAUAAACCAAUGUGUUUGAGUUUCCUCAUUCUAUAGUAAGUGUUUAUUAGAAUUAUCAAAUUUCUGGAAGACGUUCGUGUUAAUUAUUGUUAAUGAUUUUUAAAAUAAUAAUGAGCUAUUCAUCUGGUACUAACGGCUUGUGUUAGAACUCAAUUUUUAACGUGAUUGUAAUGAAAUGUAAUCGAAAUUUAUGAAGUCUGCCAAAUACUUUAUUUAAAUUAAAAAUAUUUACUCUAAAACACUUGAACUUACACACACUUUGCAUUUGAAAAAUAUUGAACAUCGGAAAUACCUUGACAGUGUCUUGACUACUUGGCUUGCAAUUCUAAAUCCUUAAAUAGUAGAGUUAUUUUCCUUUAAAUUGCCACAAUCGUGUUCAAAAAUACUGCAAUUUAUAAAAAUAUAUCGUAUUCAUGCCAAGGUUCUUCCAAAUUUAUUAAUCUAUACUCACUUACUUAACCGGCGUUAUAAGCCUCUUUUUGCUCAAAAACCUGCCGAUCACAACUGUUUUUGUACUUAUUUCGAUAUUGGUAUAUCCUGUAGUUAAUUGAUAUAGAUGGUUUUUUUAUCUAGCUACACAAAAAGGAAAAAUAACUUUGCUAUUAUGAAUUACCUUUUAUGGAGCUUACGGAAAAAAGAAAUAUGCUAACGUACCUAAGUAACUGAAAAGAGUAGAGAAUUUUUAGCAAUAGUUUUAUUGAAAUAAUUGAGGCUUAUAGCGAUCUAUAUUCAGACCAUUUUAAGGAAAUUAAAAUUGAAUUUUUUUUAAUUAAUUCUAAGUGAUUUCUAAAAAUGAUUCAGUUACGAUAAUUUUGUUGACAGUAAUGAUUUCAACUUAACAAAUAUACUAAUUUCUAUUACUUAGUUACGAUUCAAAUAUACAAUUAUUCCGUAUAAAUGAAUCCAAUGCUUCUUGUAGUCUUCAAAUGAUUUUAUAAAUUAGAAUUUUGUCUCCAUUGUAUCUUCACUCUUGAGGUUUGGAUUUUAUUUUAGUUCAGCAAAGUAUACAUUCAACAUGGUUAUAAUAAUAUUCAAAAUUUCAGAGUAAAAAUAGAGCAGAGCUUAGAAAAUAAAUUUCCGAAAUACAUGAUUUUUAUUGCAAUCAAAGGAAACACUGAUAUUGAUUAGAUAAUAGAGUGAUUAAAACCAUAUUGCAACGAAAAAUUUUGAAGUAAAAUUUGUUUUGUGCAAGCUAAUUUAGACUAAACCUCAUGAUUGUAAAUAUUGUAACAUUAAUAUCUUCGACUAUUAUAUAUUUAUAAUAUUCAACUAGUUAUAUCAAAUAGGUUCUAGCUUAAUGCGUUAAUAUAGUGACAAGGUUAAAUGUAGUUUAUUUAUGUAUUUUACAAUUUUACAUGAAAAAUGCGAAAAAAUAGCUCGAAAACGCAGUCUAGAGAUUUUACAAUCAAAGCUACUGCGAAAAUAAAAUACUUGUUUAGUUUUGUGAUACAAUAAUGAUGAGUACUUUUUCUUCUUUGCAAUCAACAAACAUUCAUUCAUUUAACAAUCAGUAAUUAUUAUGGCAAUAGAUUUCCAAAAAUUCAUAGUGACCUUUUUAAGCCUCCAUUACUUGAAAUCAUUUUAUUGACAAUAAAAUAACAUUUCACUCUACAGUUACAUCGACUAUUCAAAAUUACUGCACAAUAUUUUUUUGCUAUUGUAAACAAAAAAUUUUACAACUCAAAAUUGAAUAUAUAAUAUUUAUCAUUAUAUAAAAUUCGAAUAAUCAUUUUUUUGGAGUAGUUUUGAACGUUUCAGAGUAUCGAUUUUCAAUAAAAUCAUACUUAUUUAUGUAUUAUUGAUAAUAUCAUUAAUGAAAGCAUGUUUUAUCAUUCUACAUUAAAUAGAAAAUUCCGCAUAGUGAAACAAUUUUUUAUAAAAUCUUUCAAACAGAAUAAACUAGAAAUUAAGGCUGAUAAAAUGCUAGAAAUGACUUCAUUGUCUCAAUAUUUUGCAUCAAUGGUUCCGUAAGUAUAUAAUAGACAUAAUAUAAUUCUAAAAGCACGUUACAAGUAAUGGUUUGAUAAUGAUAAAUGAAAGAUUGAUAUCUUAUUUUGAUUGCAUCAUUAUUAAAAAAUUAAAUAUGAAAUCAUGUUAUCAACAGAAAAAGACUAAUGUUGAAAAACACAAAAAAGACAACUAGCGAGUUAUUGUAAAAUUGUAUCAAAUUCUUCGAUAUACGCUUAAAAUAAGAACUGAUAUACUUGCUGCUUUCCUGAGAAAAAUGAGAGUGUAAUAGUCAACUUUAAUUUUUAACAUAUACUUCAUGGUAUGAUGAAUGAAAAGUAAUGUUAUAAUAUAAACCCAGUAAUGUUAUUAUGAGAAACUAUUACUUUUGUAAUAUUUAAGUUAAAAAUUACUAUUGAGUGGUAAUAUUUAUUAAAAGUUUUGUUAUUUUUUCUAGAAAGCGAGCUGGACGCGAUAAUUAUAAAUGACAAGACUUAAUGGUGAAAAAAACAUUUAAAAAAUCCUUGAAAAAAAAUUAAGGUUUAUAUAACUUUUGUACUGCGCUUAAAACGAAAGAUUUUUCUAUGACUUAAAAAUGUUGAAACUUCAUACAAGAAAAAAAUAUUGUUGAAACGUAAAAAUAAAAAAACACGAUAGAAAUAUUUUUGUAGAUGCAUACUUACGAUUACGCGCGAUGUCGCGCAUACGCUUGUGCCGAGACAAUUUGACAAGUUUUCUGAUAACGUUGCAAGCUCAUAAAUUUUACUUUUCGACAACUGUAUGAAAAGUUGAUGAGAUUGGUUAAAUGCAAUGAAUAUGAAAUAUUUUCUCGAAUUUUGUUAUUGUAUUACAAACUAUAGUUUAAAAAGCAUUGUUGUGAAAUGAAGUCUUACUUCGCCGGCACAAAAAUUACAUCUCUUGACCAAAAUCCAUGCAGAUUAACUUUCGGUUUAGAGUGACUUCAUGCGAAUAUUUUGUACUGUAUAUAGUACGACAUCGUUGAUAACAGAGUCCCAAGCUCGCCGGAGUUAUUAUUCUUUUCAUUCAUUGUCAUAUUUAAUGAAAAUUUUCAGUUUUCUAUGUAAAUAUAUAUCAGUGUAAUCUUUGGAACUUUCAUUAA